AAAGGAAAUUCCAAUAUUUGUAUUAUAGAGUUCAUUCUGGUUUAAACCUCUACGAACAGUAGUGUAGAAAUAGUUGUUCACAGCUUUUAUUUAGAAUUAUUUAGCGGCAAAAUUAGCUCCCACAACCUGCCCCCGCCACCACCGGACUCAGCAAUUUACAACAAUAUGUGGGAAAAAGGAGAAUCAGAUGAUGUUGAAAAGUUUGGUCCUGGGUGGGAUAGAGAUCCUAAUCAUCUUAAUACUCAUCUUCAGAUUAUGUGGGAUGAUGUAUAUGGUGAACCCGAGGGCUUGAAAUCCUUAGAUUGUACAUGGAAAUGUUCGAAAUCAUGCUUCACGUGUACCCUGAAUGGUUGCUAUAUCCUGAUGACUAUGUUUACGGCACCAUGUUUUGCUUUCUGUGCUGGCAUCAACUUCGCCUGUAUGGCAUUUCAGCAUAUUUGGGCGAAUGGGCCUUUUCUAAGGAUAUGUAAGAUCAACUUCUCAUUCAUUAGGAAGCUUAUGGUUGUAUGUAUGGCAGCAACUAUGGCACCAUUAUGUGAAACUGCAGGAAUGUUUUUUUCCAAAGCAAAAGUUCGAACCCUGAAAGUUCACAAGGAGGAGAAUGAUGAUGAUCCUGAUGAUGUUUUCAUCACUUAAUCACACUGUAAAAGGACUUAUGCCAAAAUUAUUGUACAAAUUUUUUUUUCAGACUUUAAGAUUUAAAAAUAAACCUUUAUUGAUAUUUA